GAGCACUUGUUGUGCAUGUUGGAGGAUCAUCGGGUACAUUCGCUAUUGUACAGGCAUCAACGACAUCCGAGUCAGUGGGUGGAUCAAUACACAUAAUCGCCUGUCAUCUCCAAGGUAAUAACCUACGUUGGAAUGACAUGUAAGAUGGCAUGUACAUGCAUGUGAAUGACCGUAAGCGACAGAGAUCCCCGCUGUCACUUUCCAUGACUUGCUUCCCAUGAUGGCCUUUAUGUGGAAGCAAUAUUCGUGUGCUGCACACGAUGGGCUUAAUCAUGAUCUAUAUUGCAUGCAUGCUGGAAUGUGCCUUAUUAGGUACCCGUAAUCAUUACCCGAACACGCCUUUGCCACCUUGCAAGAUGACUCACAUCCGGUAUCCCGAGCCUUAUCUUCAUGCGUUCUUGAUCCAUUUCCUAACUUUCAUAGCCCCGGGCCUGCAACGUGCACUCGGAACAUAUUCGAAUCGCCCUUUCAGAAUGCACGCUGGCUCUCUCACUCUCUGCAACUACCAUGUCCGUCACUCAAAAUCACAGGUUCAGCCUUCCAGAAGAGUUCGAGCAGCCCACCUACUUUUUCGCGCCCGACGACGAGAUUCUGAGAGAUUGGCUGGAUACUGAUACUAUAGUCAAUUCUAUCACUGAUCUUUCUCCAGUUAACACUUUGAGUGAUCUAGCGGUGAGUUGUCAAAUCAACGCAACA